AUGCGAGAUGUGAAGUUAGAGCAUGAUCGAUCAUCAACUGUGGACAUUAAUUACUCCCAUCAGUCCAUCGGGAAUUCGGAACCUGAAGAGGUGAGCAGGUUUAAGUACAUCGUCUACAAUUACCUGUAUAAACAUAUUGAACUUCCUAAUCUUACAUGCAGAUUCUUUAUUUUUCCAAUUUUUCGUGCAUCACUUUUUGGAGCCUAA